AUGGACGGCCUCGAUGAAUUUGAAAAGGCGCUUGCAGCUGAGAAGGGAGAGAAGGAGCGCAUUGAACGCGAAAAAGAAGAGCGCAGACAGAGAAAGAAACAGCGACACCAUCAUCACCGCGACAGGUCCUCCGACAGACGCCGAGAACGCGAUCGCGAGAGGGACGGUCACAAAGACCGGGAUGGGGAACGCGACCGCGACCGCAAUAGCGACAGAUACCGCCAUCACAGGUCGCGACGACACGAUGAAGACGAGGAGGAUGGCCACAGACACAAGCGAUCUCGUCAUUCGAAAGACGAUGAAGAGCGACGAUCAAGGCACAGGCACAGGGAUAGAGAUGAUGGACACCGUAGCGAAAAGCAUGAGAAAACGUCGGACCCCAAGGAGGACUUGCCGAUACCCGAUGAGGAAACUACGCUUUCAGACGCGAAGGCUGCAGACGCACCGCUAGUACGCGAUAGCUGGAUGACUGCCCCAUCAGCCCUCGACAUCGACUACGUUCAGCGGAAAAAGGAGGAGGUCAAGCCGCCACCCAAAGAAGAACCGGUCAGAGUCAUCCACGAUAGGGAAAUCAACAGGGACUUUGGGGAUCUGAGCAACGUUACGACAUUGGAUGAAAAGCUCCCGCCGGCAGAGAGAACCGUCAGCUACACUUUUGGGGACAACGGCUCCCAGUGGCGCAUGACCAAGCUCAAGGGCGUAUAUUCUAUGGCAGAAGAGUCCGGCCGAUCAGUCGAGGAUGUUGCCCUGGAGAGAUACGGUGACUUGCAAGAGUUUGACGACGCCAGGGAGGAGAAGAUUGAAAUGGACCGACGCAAGGUGUACGGCGAAGGAUAUGUGGGCAAGGAGAAGCCGACUGGCGAUCUGUAUCGUGAGCGCCUGGAAAAGCAUCGUGCAGAGAGGUCGGUCCAACGAGACCACGAGGAAAAAUUUGAGCAGGGCACUAUCAUCCCCGACAAUGCCAUGCAGCACACCCCGAUGGACCAGACCGCCUUGAACAGACUGCGAGCCCAGAUGAUGAAGGCAAAGCUGCGCAAGGCGCCAGAUGCUGCAAAGCUGGAAGCCGAAUACAACCAAGCCGCGGCCAACUUUGCUACCAAUGGUCCGCAGUCGGUCGUUCUAGGUGUCAUGGACAACAGGAUGCUGGCGGGAACCCGUGGCGAAGUCAAGGCCAUUGAGAACAAGCGCGGCCGAGAGCGCGGCAACGUGGAAGCAAACGAGGACAUGUCAAUCGAGGACAUGGUCCGCGAGGAGCGCAGAACACGUGGCCAGGCCGGCGGCGAGGGCAUGCGGCUUGCUGAGCGCAUUGCCAAGGACGGCAAGUUUGACAAUGACCUCGACUACAUGGAUGAGAACGCGGACAAGCUCGCGAAGCGAGUGCACAAGUCUGAGAUCAACCUCAAGAACGUCGCCGUCAACGAGUACCAGAAGGUGUCACGGAUAUUGGACAACUGCCCGUUGUGCCAUCACGAGGACAAGGGCCAGCCGCCUCUGGCACCGGUCAUUUCCCUCGGCACUCGUGUCUUUCUGACGCUGCCCACGGAACCGGAGGUCAGCGAAGGCGGCGCCGUCAUUGUGCCCAUGGCACAUCGCAAGAACCUCCUGGAGUGCGACGACGACGAAUGGGAAGAGAUCCGGAACUUCAUGAAGUCUCUCACCAGAAUGUACCACGAGAAGGGACAGGAAGUCAUUUUCUACGAGAACGCCGCGGCGCCGCAAAGGCAUCUGCACGCCGCCAUGAUGGCCGUGCCGAUUCCCUACGAAGAGGGUGCCACAGCCCCGGCCUACUUCAAAGAGGCCUUCCUCACCACGGAUGACGAGUGGUCGCAGCACCAAAAGAUCAUUGACACGGCUGCCAAGGCCCGAGAUGGCAUGGGCAGGAUGGCGUUCCGGCGGAGCAUCGCGAAGGAGAUGCCAUACUUUCACGCGUGGUUCACACUCGAUGGCGGUCUCGGUCACGUUGUGGAAAACUCUGACCGCUGGCCGAGGGGCGACCUCUUUGCGAGGGAGAUUAUCGGGGCAUACUGGACGUCGGCCCGGACGUGA